AUGGAAGAGGUACCAUCAACUAUCGCCGUGGUGGAUGAUGCAUCUGCGAAUAGCAGCGAGGACACUACCCGAUCCAACAACAGAUUUGCGGAUGGUGGUCAUGCUCGUCGUGGAAAUAGCAACGUAUCGGAUCUUAUGGAUCCACCGCAGCAAGCAUCCAUUGGAAAACCGUCGUUGAGUAGAGAUGUUUCGAUGGAAGAGGAUGCCCGGCAAUCGCUUGCAGAAAGCGCACGUUUGCGUAUGGAACAUAAUCGUAUGGAAGAGAGUGAGAAACAGAAGGUCACCCUAGACGGCCUCUUGCAGAAUAAUCAAUACGAGCAUGAAGCCACGACUCACAUUCUGACGGCACUCGAAGGUCAGCUCGGUUCAUCCCAUGCUUUUGAAACAUCUGUACUAGAGGGCAUUUCCGACGAAGCCAGCAAGGCGUUGGAAGAAUCUAGUAGCCGCUCAGACCAGAAGUCAUCAGCUAGUCGCUCUCCUUCCCGCCGUACCGAUGACCAAGAUCGGAAGCCACUCUUGAGGUCAAGGCACCAGCGUGAACUGAGUGUCGACGAUCAGCUAGCCGAUUUGGCCGACCAGAUGUUCGACUAUGGAUUUCAUAUCGCUCCAGAUCAAGAAGAUCCAUCUGUUGCACCACAUUCCGACUUUGAUCGUAAUGCACAGUUGGCUUUCGGAGCACCUGAAAAAGGCAAUGGCAGACCACGUAGACGCUUGUUUUCUGGGGAUAAGACAUUGGAACCAGUCGAAGAAGAUGGUCCUUCCGAGAGCAUGAAUGAAGAUAGACGAUCCAGCUAUGAUGGAGUUGUUGAUCUUGAAGAUCCGAAGGCAACAAAGGAUACUUCAAAAAGAACUCCCAAAAAAUCUUCCAGAGAUUCUUCCAGGCUCUCUGCAUCCGAUCCAAAUGGCGAGAAAAGUCAUCACCUUUUUGGGGACAUGGCAGAGAAAGUCAAGAACGAUAUGGGCGCUUGGAAAUCAUUAUUUCGUCCCGAAAAGGCCACUAUCAAGAAAUACGCCAGACUCAUGCUGUAUAUUGCCUUACCAUUGGUUGGAGUUGCUGGCUUACUAUAUUACUUUGUGGACAACCCCAUGACCAGCGGCAGCGAAGGGCCAAGUGUGUCGUGGGUUCUUUUGUUUGUGGUUCGGCUGUGGGUCACUUUGACACUUGCGUUGGCGAUUCAAGCAUUGGUGAUUGAUCUACUAUGUGUCCAAACACGAAUCAUUCCACGCCUAGUGGGCCCUCUCUUUACUCUAUGGAUUAUCCAAUCCCGAGGGUGGCCAUUCGUCUUGUCCACUUGGUCCAUUCUCAAUUUUUUAAUGUUGUAUGGAAAGGGCGCCUUUGCUGCCCAUUGGUUGUUCUGGCAAGAUACCAUUUCGAUCUUCAAUGAGACCAAUCCUGCCGGCAAUGUUGUCAAUGGUGAUUUGUACAGGGUUAUUUUGACGAUGUGCGCAAUAGUCCCCGUUGCUGUUUCUGUCAAACGUUUGGCAGUAGGUCUCUUCUUGGGACGCCAAUCGUUUUUACAUUUCGGUGAAGCACUUGCAAAGGUGAUGGACAAAAUGUUGCUCGUGAGUCAAGUAGCCAAGCUUGCAACGAGAAUGGAAAAGCAAAAGUUGCAACGAAGAAGCACCGCACCCGGAGCACCUGGUGAACAAAAGGCAAAUGAGAUGGCCGUUUAUCGGGACCUACUUGACCAUGACGACGACGGAAGCAGUACGAAAAAUGGCACCGUCCUUAAUCUCGUGGAAUCGGAAAAGAACAAAUUGGCACAGAUUUUAGAUCGUUGGGAGGAACCAGAACGAAGAUCUACUGUACACAAAAAAGCUUCGAUUGCAGCCGUUUUGCGCUUCCGGAAUGCUCUUGCACUCAUUCACGACGACUAUCCUUUUUCAUUUGCAUUUGGCCUUGCCAAUAAGCGCAACGCAUGUAUCGAAUCCGCUCACAAUAUCUUCCUGCAGCUCCUUUCAGAAGGCGAGACUAAUGUCGAGUUCGAAACAAUUGCAGCUUCCCUAGCGGUCAGAGAAGGCCACCUUCUGAGUCCAGAGCGGGUGAAAAGCCUCAUUCGAGUCUUCCGACCAAACCGUGAUGGAUCCCUGUCAUUGCUUGACUUUGUCAAGAGUGUCGACGCUGUUUACAAGGAGUUCCGCCUUCUUCAAGCUUCGAUCGACAACUCGGCUCAGAUCGAUCGUGCCUUUGAGGCCAUCUUCAAUGCCGUGUUCUACGUAAUUAUGACAGUCAUCAUCACGUCACAGCUUGGAUUUGAUCCGAUGGCAUUGUUUCUGUCUCUUUCCAGUGUGCUUCUUGCAUUUGCCUUUGUGAUUGGGCCGGCUGCGUCUAAGUACUUUGAAGGGAUUUUGUUCAUCCUUAUUCGACGUCCGUACAACAUUGGAGAUUUGAUCAAUGCUUCCCACAUCGAGUCGACCACAAGUUUAAUGGGAAGUUCUGGAUGGAUCGUCCAAAACGUUACCCUUUUUGAAACCACCAUGUGCUGGCUACCCACUUUGGAGACCGCAACCGUGGCCAACGGAGCACUGGCUUCAAGUCGCAUUGUCAAUUGGGCCCGAAGUCCGAAUGCUCGAUUUACCAUCUUCUUGUUUUUUCCCAUCGAGACCAAGUAUGAAACUCUGACACUAUUCCGUGGAGCGAUCGAGGAGUAUAUGAAGGCCCGACCUCGGAAAUGGCUUGCUUUUAAUUCUUUCCGUGUCUUGGAUAUCGUUACUGACAAGGGCUACAUGAGAGUGGAGCUGAGAGUUCAACACCGAGAAGCCUGGCAAAAUCCGCCCGCCAUUUAUGACAGCCGUGGCAACUUGGUCAGUUUCUGUAAUGAAGUUCAGAAGCUCCUUGGAAUGCAAUACAAGAUGCCACCUAUACCGAUUGAUGUUCGUGCUGAGCAUUCGUUGGAAUCCUUGGAUGCUGCUGUAAAACGGGGGGAGCGCCAUCCAAGUGAUGGAGUCGCCGAGAGCAAGGGAGAAAGCACGCAGCAGGAGGAAAUGCACGAAAAGUUUCGGGAAGCCGCUCAGAACAAACACAAGAUGUAUUUCUAA